CUGUGAUUGCGACCUUAGGGCGUGAGGAAGUCCUUAUAUAUUUUAUGCUCCCUCAUACAUUCAGACCGCACACAGAAGAGAAGCUUCCAAGCAUAAUAUGGCACAUAAAUAAAAACAGCUCUUUCUCUUCAACAAAGUCAUUUUAAAUAACAGAUUUGAUAUGGGUGAGCGUUGUAGAGAUCAUGGAUAUUACGAUGCAGGGGUGGGCAUUUGUUCUGUCUGUCUUACAGAGCGUUUAGCCAAAGUUGCCCAAAACAAGAAUCUUGCUGAUAAUAACAAUAAUGUGUACGUUCAGGCUGCCAAUCUGGAGAGAGUACCCGAGUCUUCUUUUGAAAGAAAUCCAUCUGUUUGCAUGGUGGGCAAUGGCGGCACGAGGAGAAGAAGUAACAGUUUAUCAGCUCUCUUCACCAGUGAUUUUCAGGCCUCAGAAGGCAGAGCAAAUGGCGGCGCCGCCUUUUCAGAUAAGGAAAAGUUCAUCUGUCUGGAUUUUCAGCAGAGGGAGAGCAAAUCCAGUUCUUGGGUUUUUUCUUCUCUGCUGAGAAAGUCGAAGUGCAAGGAAAGAAACAGCUUUUCCGGGAGGCCUUCUCUGGACAAUGUGUUGAGCAAAAAAAUGGGGGCUUAUGAAAAAGAGGUGGUAAGAAGACAGGAAGCACUGAAAGCAGGGGGAUGGGAAGUUCAGUUGUGCAGUGACUGUGAUGCCGAGGAAACAGGGAAAGAAAAGGAGGUGGAUUAUUACUCUGACUCCUCUGUUUCGACCAAGCAUAGGAUCCGAAGCCUUUUCAGGAAACAAAAAUGCAAGGCAAAUUUGCAGGGUGUUUGUAAGGAGAAGAAGAAUCCGAGGGUUGCCAACUGUGUGCUGGCUGGAGCAGUUGAAAAUGGCGGCGCUGAUCAUUUUGGUGUCAGGAAGUACACAUCUUGGACAAAAACUCUGGCGAGUCCUCUGUGGAAGCCUAAAUCAGGCAGGAAAAAGGAUGUUUCAAUGGCUGCUUCUUCUUUUGCCUGCACUUCCAGCCCUCUCAGGCAAGGUUCUUCCUCUUCACUGUGGUACAGUCAGAAAGCCCACUGUAAUUCAUCUGCAAGGAAAUGAGAUCUGUGAGGCAGGAGGAAAAGGGAUAUGUGCAUUUGCGUGCGCUGGUUCUGACAGAGACUCUGUUUUCAAAAGAAUAUUAAGAAAUUGCGCUUUCGUUUUUA